AUGGCUACAAGGACGAAAAAUAUUGUCCUUUUUGGGCAGGCAGGGGCAGGCAAAAGCUCACUCGUUAAUCUCAUGGCGGGAGAGGACGUAGCAGACACGUCCAAUGAUAUGGAGAGCUGCACAUUGCACUGGCAACAAUAUCCCAUCCAAUUCGACAGCGAAUCUUAUAUGGUGUUUGAUACCGUUGGACUCGAUGAACCACAGCUGGAUAUCACAAAAUACCUCGAUGCUGUCGAGAAUGCCUAUAGCCUCAUUCAGAAUUUGGAGAAACAAGGGGGCAUUGAUUUACUUCUGUUCUGCAUGCGUGCAGGCAGACUCACUGAGACACUUCGGAACAAUUACCGGCUCUUUCACGAAUUCCUCUGUGACAAGAAGGUUCCCAUCGUUGUAGCGAUCACAUACCUUGAAACGGAGCCUAUAAUGGAAGCCUGGUGGGGGAGGAACGAGAGAACCUUCCGUUCCCAGCAGAUGCAUGUCGUUGGUCAUGCAUGCAUCACCACCAAAAACAAUUUCAAUUUCCAAAGCCUGUAUGAAGAAUCGCGCGUCAUAGUCCGCAACCUUGUCACACAGUGCACUGCCGACGGGCAGAGGCAACCUUGGAUGGGAGGAAACAACAUCUUCGUGUCGUUGAUGCGUAGACUGAAGCAGCUACUUGUAGGGAAUUCGCGUGUGAAGAAGGAUAUUAUCCCUCGCCUCAAGAGGUGCGGUAUGUCUCCAGACCUUGCAAAAAAGUUAGCUAGGAGGAUUGAUCAAGGCGUCGUAGAAGGAACUACUUGACUUCUGGUGUCCGAUAACUGUGCUGAUCCAGUUGUAG